UCGUUCAGUAUAUCAAAGAACAUGUAACGACGUUAUCAAUGUUUAAUUGUAGUUUAAAUUAGUGUAUCGUUAACAUAAUCGUGCUUAUAAGUUUUAUAAUCAUACAUAAAAUCAUUUAUAACAAGAUCACAUAUUCUUCUCAUGCCUUUGUUACAUUAUUAAGGAAAGUAUGAGUAAUUAUAAUGCCUAAACGGAUUUUGGCAUUGACUGAUUCCAAAGUACAAAAAUAGCAUAGAGCGCAGGAGUUCGAAUGUUUUAAGUUUUAAAAGAUAAGCCACGUCAUAAAAAUUUCACGCUCUUUUAUCAUUCCUAUCAAAAAGUAUUAGAUAAGUGUUUUCUACAGUGUUUAAAAACUUAUAUUUAAAAUAUUCUUAGAUUUUGAGGUAUAAUAUGGGUAUUCUUUAUAUUGAUUAUAUGAAAGGAAUUGUAAAUAAUUCCUUUCAGAAUAAAGAACCAUGGCAAAUCGUUUCUAUAACUGCUACCACUGUACUUGGAACAGUUUGGAUAUGGAAUUUUAUUUUUUGCCAAGAUACAACCAUUAUAGAAAGAGGAAAAAAGCAGUUCUUUAAAUUAGCUCGUUAUAUACCUUCUGUUAAACAAAGAAUCAAUAAAGAACUUUCAAAGGUUGAUGAAACUUUCAAGAAAGAUGCAGAGCGUAAACUUAUGAAUAUUCCAUUUAUUGUUAAACUCCCAAAGGAUGGUCUGGAUGCUGAAAAAGUAUUACUAAAAGUAAAGGAAUGUGUAGAAAUGGGUGAUUAUGAUUGGCAAAAAGGAAGAGUAUCAGGUACGAUUUACAGAAAUGAUGCUGAUCUUAUAAAUUUAAUGGCUGAUGUCUAUAAAAUUGCAUCGUAUACGAAUCCAUUACAUCCUGAUGUUUUUCCUGGUGUAUGUAAAAUGGAAGCAGAGGUUGUUAGAAUAUCUUGUCACUUAUUCAAUGGCAAUGAAAAGUCAUGUGGAACUAUGACAACAGGUGGUACAGAAUCAAUUAUAUUAGCAUGUAAAGCUUACAGAGACUAUGGUAGAGAAAUUAAAGGUAUCAAGAAACCAGAAAUGGUAGUACCAAUAACAGCACAUAGCUCAUUUGAUAAGGCUGCACAAUACUUAAAUAUAAAAAUACGCACAAUACCUGUCAAUCCUUAUAGUUAUACAGUCUCCAUUACAGCUAUGGAAAAAGCUAUAAAUAAGAAUACAGUGAUGUUGGUAGCUUCAACACCUAAUUUUCCGUAUGGAACAAUGGACAAUGUCGAAGCAGUUUCAAAACUUGGUUUAAGAUAUAAUGUUCCAGUUCAUGUAGAUGCCUGUUUGGGUGGAUUUCUUAUUUGCUUUAUGUCAGAUAUAGGAUACAAAAUACCACUCUUUGAUUUUAGAUUACCUGGUGUAACUAGUAUAUCUGCUGACACACACAAGUAUGGAUAUACGCCAAAAGGAUCUUCGGUCAUACUUUAUAGAGAGAAGAAAUAUAGACAUUAUCAAUAUACCAUAACAACAGAUUGGCCUGGUGGUAUUUAUGGAUCACCAACUAUAAAUGGUUCUAGAUCUGGUGGAAUAAUAGCUUCGUGUUGGGCUACUUUAAUGUAUUUCGGAUACGAAGGAUAUAUAAAAGCAACGAAAAAAAUUAUUCAAACUAGCAGAUAUAUUGAAAAAGAAUUAAGAGAGAUGAACGGAAUUUUUAUUUUUGGCACACCUGUAAGUUCGGUAAUUGCGAUAGGUUCUAAUGACUUUCACAUCUAUAGAUUAUCUGAAGCACUUAGUGCAAAAGGAUGGAAUUUAAAUUCACUUCAAUUCCCUUCUGCUAUACAUAUUUGUAUUACGUAUGUUCAUACAGAACCAGGUGUUGCUGACCAAUUUUUAUGUGACGUUAAAACUGAAUUAGAAAAUUUAUUAAAAAUCCCUGAUCUUCCAGUUGAAGGGAAACUUGCAAUGUAUGGAAUGAGUCAAAGUAUACCGGAUAGAAGUAUUGUUGGAGAUUUUGCAAGAUCCUUUUUGGAUUCAAUAUAUUAUACUGGCAAUUACGGGCAAAUGAACAACAAGCAAAGCACACAAAAAUAAUAUAUUGUCUUUUUUCAGAAGAAUAAGUAAUAAAAUAAAAUUCCAGUAUU